AUUCUCCAUGCAGUAACGUGGAGUCUCAAAGGUGACUGGUUCAUAGCAAGGGUUGGCCUAUUUGACUGGUCAAAUUACUGAAGAUGAUAUUUGCUCCAAAAAUUUCACAUGGAUGCAAAUAGUGUCUCUCCACUCUGGUACAGAAGAGUGAAACUUCAGGGUAAGGUCUGGAGAAGGGUACAGGACUUGAAGAUACCAUCUUUGCCUAGGUCAGAUUUUGUGACGAGCAGACCACCAUUAGACCUGAGCCACAAUGAAAGCACCCGCCUGGCAGUGGACUCUCUACUCUCCGGGGGACUGGGGAAAUACCAAGAGGUCCUACAAACAGAGGGAGAGGUGGACUUCCUGUCAGAGCAGGAGAAGAUAUACUUUUUGGAAAAUGGAGACAACAGUAACACGGAUAGUAUGGAUGCUGUGCCAGAUGCCUGUGAUGGCAGUGACACUGGGUCUGAGAGUUUGUGCAGCUCUCAUCCACCUAUACCACAGUGUCCCACAGUGUCCAGAGACAGUGACUCGACUCAAGCUUGUUUAAACUCCAGCCAAGAUGUUAAUGAUAGUUCUCAGUCCAAUGAAUCCAAUGUGAAAGUCUAUUUGUACACUGAGAACAGAGCUGCUGGGCUGAAAGACGUGGUCAGAGAGUUCAUCAGAAAAGCCGAAAAGUUGCUGGCUAUAGUGACAGACCACUUCAGUGAUGUGGAGCUGCUGUGUGACUUGCUUGAGGCAAGUAAGAAGAGAUUUGUCUCAAUCCAUCUCAUUUUGGACCAUUUAAACCUGAGCAUUUUCAGAGACAUGUGGCAGGAGCUCAAACUCCAGGGCAAGGACUUUCCUAAAUUCUCAGUACACAGCGUUGAGGGACAAACAUACUAUGCCAAGAUGGGUAGGAAGCUGAGUGGUCAAGUAUCAGAAACUUUUCUCAUCACUGACUCAAAAGAGGCUCUGGCAGGCUCCUUUAGCUUCUCCUGUCUCUCCUGGAUGGUCCAUCGGAGUCUGGCAUUCCUCGUCAAAGGCAGCGCUGUCACACAUUUUCUUGAGGAGUUUGAAAGACUCUCCUCUUGUUCAACACCUGUGACUGGAUUCACCAAUGUGUCUCUCUUACCUCCUUUUAAAACAGAUUUAUACACAAAUAAAGAACAGACAAAGGGUAAAGUCAGAUCAAACCACUUGGACAUGGGUCACAUCAGGGACUGGAUUGAAGAUGGUUUAAACAGUCACAAAAAGGAAAGGACACAAACUAACGUUCUCUCAUCUCAAUAUUCAAGACCUCUGAGGCAAGCAGUGAUGCAGCAUAUGUGUAUGCACAAGUUCACAAACCCAACACUAGGGGGGAGCCCCGUACAAGAUCACUCUAUAAACAAAGGGAAUGUUUUGCAUAGACAGCACACUGAAACGAAAUCCAAAUUACAAAAUUAUCUUGCUCCAUGCACACAAAAUAGCCUUAAUCCUAGAAUGACAGGAACAACCCAUCCAAGCUCAACCCUGCAUGCUCACAGACAGGACAAAGCUAUUGGUUCCAGCAUCCAGGACUUAAAUAAAGGUCUAUAUAGUUUUAAAUGUGGAGAUUUUUGCACUCAGAGACAAAACAAGGCCAGUGUUACACCUCCUGGCAUUGCAGCAGGCAUCAACAAACUCAGGGGAGAACGCAGCACUUCCCAACCCAAGUCAAAUCAAAUUGAUAAUUCAAAGGUCAUGCCAGCUUUCAUGUCACAAGAAAGGGGGGUAAAGCAGUGUGUUCAAUCUGCCGUAAAUGGUGCUUGGGGGGCAACAUAUGGGUUACAAUCUAAAGUGAUGCAUAAUGGGAUCAAGACACAAAAUCAGCCCUUGCGACAUCACAUCCUCUGGCCCCAAACACAAACACAGCCCCCAACCACAAACAUUUUAACACAACCAAAAGAGUCGAAGUUGUUCUCUCAGACUCCUGCAAUAGGAAAAACCCUUGUACUAGAGCCAAAAGCCCCUCAGCAGGUGAAACCACCUUCAAGAAUGGCUUGGAUGACUCAAAGUGACACCAUGAGAGAAGGAGCAAUACAGCGACAAAACUCAUUUAACUCUUAUGACACAGUUCAAAAGAUAGAUGGACUCAAUGACAGGAGGCAAUUUCAAAGACCCUCAGCAAAACCAUUAACAAGGAGCAAAAGCAUGACUGAGAGACCAGAAACAAAAACAUAUUUAAAGUAA